UUGUAUUUCUAGAUCGUGUGAAGAUAUUUUCUACAGAUCAAAAUUUCUCCAGCUCAACAAACGCCGACACAACAAAAAAAAAAUACUGAAAAUACUGGAUACUACAAUCAUUUGAAAGGACUCUAAAAGAGCAUCAUUCAAAAAUUCAAACGAGGAAAAAAAACGAUAAUAUUUAAAUCAAGAACCAAACAUUGAAAUGAAAAAAAAUGUCAAGGAAUUUAGAAAAGAAUCAAUGAUGGGCUUGGCAAGCGGGAGAAAACAGUGUAGAAAAUAUAGAAGAUAUUAAAGUACAAAGCCCUAAUAAAAUAGAUGAAGCAAGGGAUGAAACUAUUAGAGACAAAUAAAGCCAACGCUUCAUCUCUUAAAAUACAGAGCCUACUGGGAACAACACCACACACAAGUUAAUGUCAAGUCAAGUCAGCUGACAAUCCUGCGAGCGAGUUCAAUAAAUUUGUAGAGAAAUGCAAACAACAGAACCUUUCCCAGAUGCUGACGUUAAUGGUACAAAAAGAAUAUUGUUUCGUUUGGAAGGUAUAAAUAUUUUUGGCCAUGCAUCAUCGAGACUUUCAGACAGAGACAAGGACAAGCUGAAACACGUAGAAAGUUCCACAUUUACCUUCAAAGACAAUUGUAGUCUACCUGAUCUAAACCAUGGCAAGUAAAUUGAAGUUUAGUAAGAGUAAGUACCUUUAGAGGAGAUAUCAUUUGAAGAAAAAUGUGGACAGACGGACGAUGGGCGGACAACUGACUGUGAACGACCACAAUAGCACACCCCGAGCAUCUUGUGCUCCGGUGACCUCAGUAACUAUUGACUGAUGUCUGUACACAGACCAUAUAAACUCCUUAUGUCAGAACGACUGUUUUGACAUUCUUGUGAACUUAAUAACUGAGGAAUGUUUAGGGUUAGAAUGAUAAUUCAUUGUGCAUUCGAACACAUAAAAUAGUUUGUCACUAGGUAUAAAGAAAUGUUCGAUACUGCGUAAUUACCCAGACUUCAUCUUAUCAAUUAAAUCAAAGUCAAUGUUCCUAUUAAAUUAUGACACCUCGAAACAGUAAUAUGUAAAAAUGUAACGCUUUAGUUACAAUGGGCAUUUAAAUAUUUAAGACAGGAUCAAUGAAUUGCUUGAAACAUAAUUUAUCAUAAUGUAAACGAAUGUCAAAUAGGAAUAAUCUCUAAAAGAAAUGGCAUCUGGAGGUGGUAUAAACACGGACAUUCCUUCUGAUGAAGCAUUUGAAAGAUGUGAAAGACACAAGCACCAUUUUAUAGACAUGUACUGUCAAAAUCACGAUGAUGUUGGGUGUGGCACAUGUAUAGCAGAAAAUCAUAGAUUAUGCAAAGACAUUUCAUACAUACCAGAAUUUCUCCGAGACAACAAAAGCGCCGACUCAAGUGAAAUUCAACAAAUAUUAAAAUUGACUGCCAAGAGUAUGACAGAACGUCAUGAAGGCUUCAAACAAGAAAAACAGAGAGUUGUGAAAUCAAGAGUCAAGCUAUUGGAAAGCGUCAAGAAGUUUAGAAAAGAAAUCAAUGACAGACUUGAUGAACUUGAGAAGAACACAGAGGAAGACAUAGAAGAGAAGUACAAAACUCUGAUAAAUGAGGUAGAAGAAAGAAUGCAGUUGUUUGAAACAAGCAUAGCCUAUAUUUCCACAACUUUAAACAAGCUAGAAAGUACUGACAACGCCACACAAAACUUUGUCAUUGCGAAGAAAGCAGAAAAACGCGUUGACAAGGUCGCUAAAGUAAUAGAGGAAAUCAAAGUACAAACACCUUCCCAAAAUAUUGACUUAACUGCUGACCCACGAAUAUCUUCAUUAUUGGAAGAAAUAAAUGUUUUGGGUACUGCAGAUAUUCCGAAGGAAGACAGUAGAAAAUAUUAUGUGAAGGUUCAGUCAGAUAAAACCGAAUGUGAUAUUGUCAGUGCCUGUACUCUUGAUGACGGGACAAUAUUACUGUCUGACAACGGCAAUAACAGGCUGAAACGCUUAGACAGUUCGAUAUUUACUGUCAGAGACUAUUGUGAUCUACCUGGACAACCAUGGCAAGUUUGUGCCAUCAAUAAACAGCAAGCUGCUGUAUGUUUACCAGAUAAGAAAGAAGUUCGUUUCAUUUCGCUUACAAACAGAAUGAACUUAACAAACAAUAUAACGACAGACUUUGUGUGUAAUGGUUUAGCAUAUGCUGAUGGCAAUCUAUACAUUUCAGAUAGUAAUACAUCAGUGUACAUAUACACUGUAUCUGGGAAACUGUUGGAGCAGUUUACUAAGGACCAAUCAGGACAGAAUCUGUUCUAUGACAUCAGCAGUAUAUCUGUCAGUGUAGAUGGUUCAAGGAUUUAUGUUGCUGACUGGAAAAAUGGACUGAUUGUACUGGACAAUAGUGGAAGAGUAGUUCGAAGAUUUAAUGAUUCACAUUUUGGUGCCUGUGACAGUUAUAUUACAGGGAGAGGAAGCCUGCUGAUGUGUGGCCAGUCCUCCAACAAUGUGCUUCAGUUUGAACAGAAUGGUGAAUUGAUAGGUGAGGUUGUGAGAUCUGAUGGUAGACAUUUCCAUCCUCAGGCAAUUUGUUGCAACCAGCAAAUGUCAAAGAUGGUUAUAGGCUGGAAUAAAGAUGAAAUUGAUGUGUUUGACUUGAUAUAAUACAACACGAUAUAUAAGCGUACAUAGAAAUACACUGUACAUAAUGACACAAUAACAUUAUCGAACUAGAAUUACUUGUGUAAAUACCGUAUAUACUUAACACAAUUCAUCAAAACACAGUUAUCAAUAUAUGUUUGAAAUGGUUUCCGCGUAUCUAUUUGUGAAUAGAAAUUUUCUUUAAUAUCAAAAUAUUAUACAUUGUAUUUAAACAGAAGACUUCGGGAAAAAUCAGUUUAUGACAUUUUUGUGAUAGUAUCGAAAAUAUUAAAGAUUUUUAAUUGUUCAA